AUGAGCGCUCCGCCAUCGCAGCCGCACUCGAUGUGGGUACGCCGAGGGCACAGCACACACGACGCCGCCGCCGCUCUCUUUGAGGAGAUGAGUCAUGCGGCGCGGACGGGAGGCGGAGCUGGUGCAUUACCAACGUCCUUGCUGACAGCGGCACCGCGGUCGCAUGUGCAGCACUUGCGUGGCAGUCGCUGCGGGGGCACCGCAGCUGAUGCCUCGUUAUCGCAACCCUCCUACAGCACAGGCCUGUCGCCGGCGGCAACGACAACCACGACAGUCACGUCGCCCAGCGGCGGCCACACGUCGCUGCCACUAGCGCUGCCCAACCCCCUUCCGACGCCGUCCGCGGCGACUCCGUACUUUUACGUACAUCGCCUCGGCUCUCGGAGGUCGGCUGUAGGCCAGUACCACGUGAAUUGUCACAGCCGCGGCGGGAGUGAUCCGGCUGCGGCGCCACACGCAUGGGGCGUGCCGCCGUCAUCCCCGACGUACCCCCCGCCGCCGUCGCGGAGCAACUUGUUUCCAGGCCUUGUAAGCGCCGCUACCGCCGGCGCCCCGAUGGACAUCGAAAACGGCGCCGGUCACAACAGUCCGGGCUCCCUGUCAACAUCGUCGCAGUCUCUCACUGCCUCCACGGGACUCGGCGGCGGCGCUGGAAGCGGUGCAGUGGGGGGAUCGCACCUCACGACGCCACCUACCACGCGUGGCACGCCUGCUGCUGCUGCUGCUGCCACGCCAGUAGCGGCGCCCGUGUAUGUGUGGCACAGCUCGAGCUCGAUGGCCGGAGCGGCGCCAUGGCUGCGCUUGCAUCGGCCCGCCAAUGCCGCAGCAGCCUGCGUAGGAGGGCGACGGGGAUCGGCGGCACCAGCGGCCGGGACCAGCGGAAGGACUGGCGGCGUGUGGACACCACAGAAUCCAGGCAGCAGCGGGGUCGGCACGCUGGCGUCGCCGCCGCACCCCACUUAUUCGCUGACGCUGCUCGAGCACGCGCACCUCAGCACCGUCUUUGGAGCAGCCGACGAAGACGCCGCCCAGCGGAGCUCCACUGGCGGUCUGAGCGGGAGGGACACGGGUGGUGGUGUGCCAGCGAUGACAAGAGGUCUCUCGCAGCCGCACCAUCAGCAAGAGCUUCACGCUGAUCCUGUCGCCGGCAGUGGCGCUUCGGGAUCACUGUCUGCGGCGCUACCCCUCACCCUCGUCCCGCCGUUCCGCUUCGCACGCGUGGAGUCCGGGGUGUACCGCGGCGCCUACCCCGUCCUGCGGAAUUUCCCGUACAUUCGGCGGCUGCGACUGCGUACGAUGGUGUCGCUCAUUCCUGAGCCGCCGACGUACGACCUCAAGUGCUUCGCGGAGGCAGAGCACAUCCAGCUGCACCACAUCCACGCCGAACGCGCCAAGGGCGAGGUGCAACUGUUGCCGUCGGAGCUGAGCGAGGCGCUGCAGCUCAUCAUGAACAAGGAUAUGCACCCCCUGUACAUCCACUGUCUGGACGGCCGUCACGUCACCGGUCUCGUCAUCAUGGCGCUGCGCAAGCUGCUGCAGUGGGAUGCGAACGUCGCCAACGCCGAGUUUCAGCGCUUCACCCGCGAGGUGCAAGAUGAGGCGGCGUUCAUUGCUGACUACACCGGGCCUCUCCUAGUGCCACCGCACUUGCCGGCAUGGCUCUGGGGUGGGUCCAUCUACGACGCUGCCACUGGCCAGCAGAAGCGUCUGCCUACAACCAUACGGCUGCGCUUGUCCACCGCGGUGUCCGGUGGGGCCGGCAGCGCCGCGGCCACAGCGGGAGGUGUGGCCGCAGCACCUGGAGCCGGGCUCGGUUGCGUUUCUGCGUCCGCGUCCGGUGGUGCAUCAUCGGUCACCGGUACUGGCCCCGUGAAUGGCCCGCUGAGUGCCGCGAGCGUUGCCGUGGGCCACAAACCGAAGGGGACGAUGCGCGGCCCUAGUGGCGAUCUCCGUUCACAAGCCGCAGCACCGUGGAUGUGCGUACCGCAGGCCGAGACGGUGGCCGCAGACGGGCAGCAUUACAUCGAUGUUGACCGCCUUCCUGUCGCACCGCCGCUACGCGGCAGUCUACCGGGCGCCGCGGCGCCGCAGUGGAUUCCAUCGGCGGAGCCGUCAGCCGCCGCGAGCACCGGCACUGUCUCUGGCAGCGGUAGUGGCACCGGCACACUGAACGUGCACCUCCAACUCACCCGGAGCAGCGCGCACUCCUCCCGCUCCACCAGUGAGAAGAGCAACAUGGCUGGGCUCCCGGCAGUGGUCUCGGCGGCGGCGGCGGCAAGCUCGACCGGCGGUGUUGGAGGCGAUAGCCGCUGGCAGAGCACAGUAUCUUGGGAUGCGCUGCAGCAGCAUCAGCGGCGGUUGGCCUCCUCCCUUAUCCACAGAAACGCCGCUCCCAGCAAGGGUCCUGGCGCCAGUGGGCUGCUGGAUGGUCGUGUGAGCGCGCUCCUCUGGACGCCGGGGCUGAUAGUGCCGUCAGCGACUGUCGGCGGCGGCAGCGGUAUCCCGGGAAGUGGCCGCGUGAGUGGUGGCUCAGCUGGCAGUAGUGGUGGAGGCGGUGGCGCUGCCGGUGGAAACGCAAACGGCGGCGGUGGGGCAGUGGUUGGGGUCAAUGGGCCGCCGACCGGCUCGUCGCAGCCGCCCUCAGCGCGGACACCGAAGCGCAGCUACUCUCGCUGA